CCCCAAUCUCAAUCCCUAACCCGUCUUUUCUGCUACCCUUCCCACCUCUCCUCUAUCAAAAUCGUCGCCGUCUUAGGCUCCAUCGUCGCUGUCUUAGGCUCCAUCGUCGCUUUCGGUGGCGACGACGACACUAUCCACCUCUACGACCUCUCUGUCGCCUCCUCCCUCGGUUCCCUCCACCAACACUCUACCUUUGUCACCGCCCUCUCCUUCUACGCCCCUCCCAAUCUCCACUUCCCCCGCAACCUCAUCUCUUCCGACGACGCUGGCUCCUUCGCCUUUUUUGAUGCAUAUGUCUUCGUCCAUCUUACCACGCUCUCCGUCCACUGCAUCGCUGGUAUCAACGACCUCGCUCUUCACCUUUCUGGUGAGCUCGACCGAUAAAAUUGAAGAUGUUUGUUCUGGCUUUGAAGGUAACCCCUUUCCCUUCUUUCCCAAAUUAGAAAUUAAAGUUUCUGUUUUGGUUUUAUUCCAAAUUGUGAUUAUUUCUGUUCUUGAUUUAGCAGGAUGCUUGAAUAGAG